GAGUAAGCUCGUGCUGUCAUAUUUGCAUAAGAAGCGCACGAUUCUGAUUGUUGACAUGACAACUGCUAUGAAUGUCCGGAAAGCGACCAGUUGUUUUAUUCAACGCUGAAGGCAGCCACAAUGAACCAAAGAACAAUGCAUUUAAGUACAACGUAAGAGGUUUGGAGUAAAACGGUUAAGAAGCAAUUGCUGUAGGCCGCUUCAUUUGAAUGUUCACUCUCCGUACUCAGCCAUUUCGUCAGAGGGAGCGCUUCAUUGAAAACAGUGGCCCGAUGGCAAGUGUGUUGUGUGAAUCGGACUAGACUAGUUACCGGGCUAGCACUCCGCACUCUGCGCUCCGCGCCAAAUCAGUCAGCUACACCAGCUCGCGUGAGUAAGAUUUACUAGGACACGGAGGAGGUGCCAACCAUCGUUCCUUCCAAAUGGCCUUAACGAGCAGUUUGCCUUGUAUUGACACGCUGGCCUUUCAGCUGAGUCGACAUGGCCUCGACGAGAAUCGAAAUAUAAAGCCACCGUUCUUCUACUCUUGGUCGGAGCCCUACAAUUUAGACUUUGCCGGAAAGGCUCCCAAUAACCCGAAGCGAAGCCGAAGCCAUCCCAGCGCUUUGGUGGCCAAGCGCAAGGAAGCAAUUCAUUCACAAGCUUGUCUACCUGGUUUAAAAAGAGAGAAGGAGAGCGAGAAGAAUUCGGAGGAAACUCGCGGAUCUGUAAAGCCAUUAGCUGAAAUUCAUUCAACCAGUCUUCAUACAUCGCCAGGGCACCUAACUUUAUCAGUUAAUAAAUAUGCAAAUCAAGCAAACAGGCAUGAAGAAUCAGACACCGCAGACUUCGCUGAAUCUUCCGACGACGAAAUAAGUGAACUUCUAGUAAAUGGCUCUACCACGAAUAAAGAGUUACCUCAUGUUCUUUGUAAAAAUAAGACCCCGCAUCCUGUUAGUAGGAAAACUAAUCGAACAACGAGAGACUCUGGUCCUCUCAAGCGAACCUUGGAAGGAAGCGAAAAUACUAAUGAAAACAAGAGACGUCGCCCGAGGCUUGACUUUGAAAAGAUGCAACUCUCCAGAGAUGCUCUUAUUCCUCUGAAUGGAAGCGAUAAAUCUAUCUUGGACGAGGUAUAUUUCAGGCCAAUUUUAGCAUUAAACUUGAACGAGUGAGCUUUGCGUGUUGGAAAACAGCACACGCUCAUUAAUGAAAGAAAUGCAAACGACAAGGCCAUCGAACAAAAAUAAUAUCACGUAUGAAAAUAACGCGGAGUUAUCACACAAUAACAAACAUUAGGGAGGGACCAAAUCGGGAAAUGCGAAUUUUAUAUCUUGAAGGCUUUUUUAUCACCAUAUCAGUACUGUGUGUUAUUCAUAGCACGUAUAAUUUUCUUUCCCAUUUUGGAAAUGAACUGAAUAAAUCCGCCGUUUAAUGACUGGUUGGCGUGGCCUCUGCGGAACAAACAUAUAUUCAAAUUUAACAUCCGAUUACAAACAGAAACCGCGACGCUCAAAUAAACGAUAUUUAGACGUCAGCUUCACACAACUGUAUAUUUAGUAAUUUUUUUAUACAACAGAUGCUUCUGUUGAGGAAAGAAGCAUGAGAGAUAAAUGGGAAUUCAGUAACACCGUGGGCAGUACACCUUUUAUAGAUUUCCAAUUUUACUAAAUCAGUAUCAAAGGAAGUUCUAUCUCAAGUCAUUGGGAGAAAAUAAAGAGAGAUUUAUUUAUCAAUGAAAACUCUUUGUGUUGUACGUGCAAUUGUACGAUUUGUGGUUUUGGAUGAGAACAUUAG